AUGGGAAAACUUAUUCUGUACGGCAUAAAUCCAAGUCCACCUGUACGCGCUUGUUUGCUGACCUUGAAAGCCUUGAAUUUAUCCUAUGAGUAUAAAAUAAUAAAUAUUCUAGCUAAGGAACAAUUAUCGGAAGAUUAUAUGAAAAAGAAUCCUCAGCAUACGGUACCCACACUCGAUGACGAUGGACAUUUCAUUUGGGAUUCACAUGCCAUUAUUGCGUAUUUAGUUGGUAAAUAUGCCACAGGUGAUGCAUUGUAUCCAAAGGAUUUACUGAAACGAGCAGUUGUGGAUCAACGCAUGUAUUUCGAAGCGAGUGUCCUGUUUCAACGAACUUUAUGUAACAUUACAUUUCCAAUGCUAUUUCAAAAUCUGACACAGAUUCCUCGAAGUAAAAUCGAUUCGAUUUUUGAUAGUUAUGGUUUUUUGGAAUCAUUUCUGAAGGGCCGCAAAUACAUGGCUGGAAAUCAUCUAACAAUUGCUGAUUUAAGUAUUGUGACAUCGGUAACAUCAUUGCAGAUAUUUGCUAAAAUCGAUCGAUCUAAAUUUCCAAAAUUGUGUGAUUGGUUGAAAACGAUGCAGUCAUUGCCAUACUACGAAGAAGCUAAUGGUGUGGGUUUAAAGGAAUUGGUGAAAAUGCUUGAAGCGAAAAAUUUCACAAUUGUAGAUUAG